CAUCCGCUCACCCACCAUUCAUUCCACAAGUCAUCAUAGACCCUGGUCGAUUCUUCCACUCGUUCAAACAGAUUCAACCCAAGGAAGCCAGAAAGCACUACACUCAGAACAUAACCUCAUCCACCAUCUUCACCUCAAAAUGUCCCACACAACCACAUCCACCACCAGCGCAGCGAGCGCCACCUCGACCUGCCACCAAAAGCUCUACCAAAUCCCCGUCAAAGACGCCGCCUGCGCCAUGCCCAUGACCGGCAACAACUCCGCCAUCAUGAGCAGCUGCUGCGGCUCCGCAGACAUCGUCUCUUACGACAGCUGCGACUACUACUGUCUCGCGGACGGACAGUCCGUCGGCACGCUGGCCGAGUGUUUGAUCAAGGCCUCCGAAGCCGGCGAGGUGUGGUGCAACACCAACGCCAACGCCACUGCCACGGGGAGCGUGCCGGCCACCGGGGCCGGGACGAUUGUGGCGACGGCUUCUGCCACCGGUACAUCCUCCCAGAAAUCGACGAGCUCGGGUUCAGCGACGGGGUCGAGCGCUUCGGCUAGCUCGACUAGCGGCGCUGCGGUUGGGUUGAGUAAGAAGGCGGUUGGGGUUGUUGCAUUGUUGGUGGCGGGCGUUGUUGGGGGUGGGUUGGUGUAGAAACGGGUAUGUUUGUUGUGGAGAGGUGUAUAAAAUAUGAGUGGGA